CACCACAGAUGUACAUCUGUGUAUUUGCGGAACCUAACCUAAGUUUUAUGUAAGCAAUAACAUUAUUUUUCAGAAAGAUAUAGACAGAUAAAUUGCAUGAAGAUGUGUGAAAUUGAAAAGGAUAAAGAACUUUUUGCAUUUAAAAAGAAUCUAUUAUCUGAGCUCCCUAAAGAUGAAUUAAUAAAAAUAGUUACUAAACUAGAAGUUCACAACGAGCAAUUAAAAAAUAUCAUAAAGAAGUCUUCCUCCUCAUUAACCAAAUCGCGUAGGACUCAAAAGCCUUUUGAUUUUAGUAGCUGCAAAUUUAGACAUGUUUUGUUAAAAUUAUUUUACAUAGGAUGGAAUUAUCAGGGAUAUGCUAGUCAGGAGGAUUCAGUUAAUACAAUCGAACAUUGUCUUUUUGAAGCCCUUCAGAAGACAUGUCUUAUAAAAAAUAGGUCUUCAUCAAAUUAUCACAGAUGUGGAAGAACUGAUAAAGGAGUCAGUUCAUUUGGGCAGACAGUUUCAAUCGAUUUAAGAAGUAAACUAAAUAAGGAUAAUCUUGAUGAUAUAGACAACGAAAUAAACUAUUGUAAAGUUUUAAAUAAGGUACUUCCCAAGGAAAUUAGAUGUAUAGCUUGGUGCCCUGUUCCAAAUGAUUUUAGUGCUCGUUUUGAUUGUGAAAGCAGAACCUAUAAAUAUUAUUUUAAUAAAGGAAAUUUAGAUAUUCAGAGAAUGAAAGAAGGGGCACAGUAUUUACUGGGAACUCACGAUUUUAGAAAUUUUUGUAAAAUGGAUGUUAAUAAUGGCGUCGUUAAUUUUGUAAGAAAUGUUUUACAUGUUGAUAUUUUUCCUUCUAAUCGAAAUAUUGGUGGAAAUUUCGUUGAUGGUAAAGUCACCUGAAAUGUCAUCUAGAAUUUGUGUAGGAGGAUAUUUUAGUUUAAGAUAAACAAGUCUUAAAAUGCAUAGAAGUUCAGAUAGUCUCAUUAAUUAGUGAAAAGUAAAAAUAAACAGUUAAAAAUGAAAAAUAUUAAGGAUGUUUUAUAAGUAUGAAAAUGAUCCUUAUUACAGCUACUGAUUUCUAAAAAUAUUCUUUCUGGAGGUUCUGUGGACUUUAUUGUUGAAAGUUUGAAAAUAAUUUUAAUAUUGUGUUGUAGAGUUUUCACUAUAUGUGUUUGAAAUAAGGGGUAAGGCUUUUUUGUGGCAUCAAAUCCGAUGUAUUAUAGCGAUACUUUUUCUUAUUGGCGAAA